AGUCUACAUCCCCCUACCAUGACAUGGACUAGUCUAUAUAGCAAAUGGCUACGGUAGAAGUCGAAGUCGAACCUCAGAACCAGGAAAGUUGCAAACCGCACGGAGAAAUGGCUUCAGAUGACCCUGAACUGGCGAUUCUCGGGGAGAAGGUGGACCACAAGCGCUGCCGCUACCCGUACGCCAUCGUCUGGACACCCAUUCCGCUGCUAUCGUGGAUGCUCCCCUUCAUCGGUCACAUGGGCAUCGCCAUGUCAUCCGGGGUCAUCAGAGACUUCGCAGGGCCGUACUAUGUGUCUGAGGACCACAUGGCAUUUGGAAGGCCUACAAAAUACUGGACCCUGAAGCCAUCUAAAGCAAAGGGAGGAACAAGAGGUUGGGAUACAGCAGUGGGGGAUGCUUCAGAAGAAUACAAACAUCACAUGCACAACCUGUUCUGUGAUAACUGCCACUCGCACGUCGCGCUGGCGCUCAACACAAUGCAGUACGACAGAAGCACGUCAUGGAACAUGGUCAAACUGUGCUUCCUCAUGCUUAUAUAUGGGAAAUAUGUCAGUGUCUGCGCCUUCCUCAAGACGUGGCUGCCGUUCCUUAUCCUGGGGGGAGGCGCCGUUGCUCUCGCGCUGCUGCUCUGAACAAGUCACCGUCCAGUUUACGUCACACUAGGUUAAUUAGCUUGGCCUUGGGUUAGAAAGAAUAUUUCUGCAAUGGGAGGUCAACAGGAAAACAGAGUCUGAGGUGAAAGUCUCCUGGUACCCUGGUGCACACCAUUUCAGGGAGUGUACAUGGCUAAUCUCCAAGCAGAUCCUACAAUGGCAUGAGAUAGUACCAAACUGGCCAAGGAGUGUAGUCAGCCAAGAGAUGAACAUUUGCCAUGGUAGCCAAACACACUCAUAGGCUGGCUCCACUUCUCUGGCAGCUUUUGAUACUAUCUUAUGUUACCACAGGAUCUGCUUGGAGAUAAGUACAUUAAUUGUAGUGACUGUACAUUCAGACAAGCAUUAUCAAUGGAGUUAUGUUAUAACAGAAAAUAAGGAUAUCAGGAAUACAUGUGUAAAAUAGGAGGAAUAUGACAUGUGAAACUGUACAUCCUAGGAUAGAUUAGAAUUUUACUGUCUUCAAAAUGGAUACUACUAAAGAAGAACCUUUUAAAUCUGAUGAUAUUUCCAAAAUUAAAUGUAGAUCUGGUUGUGUUUUUGUGUACAUUGUAAAAUAAUGAAAUGUAUAUAUCAGUGACAGUGCAUGCAUGUGUCUUUUGUUUGAAGAAAUGUGUAAUAUCUUGUGAAAUGAAUGAAGUGUAAGUUUCUAAUGAAUAUGGCAAUAAAUGGCUGCAGGUAAAUUGGUUUUUUAUUAAAGGAGGUGGGGUGUUUGUUCUUCUGUCAUUUGUAUAGAAAUCUUGGAAUGAGAUAAGCUACUUUCUGUACUAAAAUGUAUUAAAAUGCUAUCUGACAUCUGAAA